GUUUCCUGUAUCUCCACACCUAGCUUCUCUAGCAUUCCAAAGAUGGUCUACUUCUGGGAAUUUCUGACAUUCCUAAAUUCUCCAGGCCCAGGUACCCUCCUGGUCCAGAGGAGAGUGGCUUGUGCCUUUCUGCCUCUCCCCUCCCCCAGGUUUGCUGGUAGAGGGAGCUGGGCCACUCCUAUACCCUGAGUCACAGCGGGCUAGGUAGGGCUGCUCAGGGCUGCUCGAAGCUGGAGCUGUUCCUGCUAAAGAGCUGAGAGCCACGGCAGGCUGCUUAAUCCGAUUACCUGAGGCCUGGGGCUUGGGCUGGGCCUUGGGCAGAGUGGGGAGCAGGGUUCCCUCAAGACAGCCUCUGGGACCUAGGUGUCCAGCCCUCAUUCCUGCUGGUUCUCUGCCCUGGAUCCAGGCUUUUUCUCCAGCAUCCACAUCACUGACCUCUCAGCCUUAGGGGUCAUCCUGGGCUUCCUUGAUCCCUGCCUCCCAACUCUGAGGAUUAGAAAUAAAACAUGCAGUGGAGGAACCUAGGUUUGGGGGCUAUAGUGGGGAGGGUUUAAAUUUUCCCACCUGGAAAGGGGCUGAAUUACCACCCAAGCACCUCAGGAAACAAAAAUGGCUUGCCUACCUCCUGACUGCCAGACUUUUUUGCCCCGGGCCAGGUCAGGGGUUUGAGGAGCAGGAGGCACCAGAAAAGGGUUUGGGUUUGGAUUGGGGGGUUGGGUGUCCUCACCUCCUUCCCAGCACAACUCUGAGCCUGAGGGCUUUUGAUCACCCGAUGCCUGAUCCCAUUGUGCAAAGGCACAACUUUAUAAAUUGCCAGUGCUUAAGAAGGGAGGGGUAGCUGUUAAGAGCCACUGGGGCUGGAAGGCCUGACUUAGGUCUUGGGUGGGGAGGGGGCGUGGUCCCCUGGGGGGGGGGGAAGAACAGGACACCUGGUUGGCCUAAGGGAGGGGGAGGUUGGCGCCCUUUAGGAGGCGCGGUCGGCUGGGAGGGAGUAGGGAGGAGUCAGUCGUUAAAAGCAGUUCCCGGGCCUGGCGCACCCGGCAGCCACAGACGCUGAGGCCAGGUGAGAGAGGGCUGUGGCACCUGGGCUGUGCCUCCUGGCAGCUGCGGGACCCCAGAGCGCGAAGGUUUACUGCCUUCACCGAAGCCCGGGCCGGUGGCCGGCAGCUAGUAGGGGGAGCGAGGCUGGGUCGGGGACCUCGCGGCCACAAGGAAAGAGCACAGCCUAUCCAGGACUGGGUACCGGACAGCGGAUUUUGCGCUCGACUCCCCAGACGUGCCGGAUUGGUUGGUGGCAGGGGCUCCAUUAUAAGGACUCUGAACUUGGGGACGAUAUAUAUACCUUUUAAGGACACGAGUCUCUCUCUAACGACUCCGGACUAGGAAGGCGCUUCCAUUUUAAGGAUACCGGGUUUGGGGAUCAACGUUUCACUUUGGAGGGGAGGGCGUGUAGGACGCCCUCUUAAGGCUUCCCUUCACCCCCGAUGGCGCUACCCGGCUCCUCACAGGCCUGGAGCCUGGAACCUCCCACUCCCACGGCCCCUACCUCCUCGUCCUCGGGCUCCCAGGAGCGGGAGGGCGCCGGGAGCCCAGUGGUCUCCGGGGGGCUUCCCUUGGAGAAGGUGAAACGGCCCAUGAACGCGUUCAUGGUGUGGAGCUCCGCCCAGCGCCGCCAGAUGGCGCAGCAGAACCCGAAGAUGCACAACUCAGAGAUCUCCAAGCGCCUGGGCGCGCAGUGGAAGCUGCUGGGCGAGGACGAGAAGCGGCCCUUCGUGGAAGAGGCUAAGCGGCUCCGGGCCCGGCACCUGCGCGACUACCCCGACUACAAGUACCGGCCGCGGCGCAAGACCAAGAGCGCGGGCCCCGGGUCGCCCCACUUCGGCCAGGGAAGCGGCGGCGUGGCUGGCGGCGGGCCGGUCUGGGGGCCCGGGUACACGACCACCCAGGGGAGCAGAGGCUUUGGGUACCAGCCCCCCAACUACUCGACAGCCUACCUGCCUGGCGGUUACGGCUCUUCCCACUGUAAACCGGAGGCCCCCUCGCCGUGCUCUCUCCCUCAGAGUAACCCAAGGCUCCAGGGGGAGCUGCUCCCCCCUUACAGCCCCUACCCACCCCCAGGCCCUCCCACUCUGUACAACCCUCCCCUCCCAGGGGCCCCCAUGCCCCUAACCCACCUCUAACCCUCAUGGACAUGGACCUCCCAGAGAGGUUUCCAUCCUCCUUUUCUACCCAGAAACACCCCACUACCACCACCACCACCACCAUUCCCAGGCUGCAAACCCUGUUCUAGAACUGUGUUGGACCACAGUUCAGAAGAGGUGGGCAGUACCCCCCAAAGCCCUGAAAGCCAGUGGGAAGAAAACAAGACAGUUUUUUUUUUUUUUGUAGGCUGAACACAGUUUUGUACGAUUACACCACGUCUCUGAGUC